UGUUGCCACAGUGAUUUGGACUUGAAAGCGCCCAUCUUUUCAUGUCUAUUGACACUGAUGUAUGAUAGAUCCCUUGGCCUAUUAAUGUCCUUUUGACCCUUUUUCUCUCUCUCCAUCUCCCUCUUAUUUUCACUCACAUCCUUUGUCAUAGAAAACACUGUGCUCCAGUUAUAUAUACCUGCUAGAGUUGGUUCAGAGUUCUUAAGAGAGGAGAGAAAUACAGAGAGAUAAUGGGGUCUUUGGGAGGUGAAGAAGCUACCAGGAAGAAGGCAAUGUGGCUCUACCCAAAGCUUGUGGGAUUCAAUCCUUCUGAAAGAUGGGGGCACUCUGCUUGUUAUUUUCAAGGGAAUAUGUAUGUUUUUGGGGGAUGUUCUGGAGGUAUGCAUUACAGUGAUGUUCUUGUGCUUAAUUAUGAAACGAUGGCCUGGAACACUCUUGUAACAACUGGUAAAGGGCCUGGUCCUAGGGAUAGCCACAGUACUGUUGUUCUGGGUAAUAAUAUGAUAGUUUUUGGGGGUACAAGUGGCUCCAAGAAGUGUAAUGAUCUUCACAUUUUAAAUCUGAUGACGAAAGAAUGGACUCGACCAGAAUGUGGCGGAACUCCACCUUCGCCCCGAGAAAGUCAUUCUGCCACGCUUGUGGAUGAUGAAGAAUUAGUGGUUUUUGGGGGAAGUGGAGAAGGUCAAAGCUUGAAUGAUCUGCAUGUUCUAGACCUCAAAACCAUGAGAUGGACUUCCCCUGAGGUGAAGGGUGAUAUUCCUGUUCCUAGAGACAGUCAUAGUGCUAUUGCAAUAGGAAAGAAGAUGCUUGUGUACGGUGGUGACCGUGGUGAUAGGUAUUAUGGUGAUGUUGAUAUGCUUGACAUGGACACAAUGACUUGGUCAAGGUUGGCUGUUCAAGGAUCUUCACCCGGUGGCAGGGCUGGUCAUGCAGCUGUGAGUAUUGGCACAAAGGUCUAUGUCAUUGGAGGGGUUGGACACAAACGGUACUACAAUGAUGCAUGGGUCCUGGACUCAAGUACUUGUUCAUGGACCCAACUCGAUGUAUGUGGCCAACUGCCACAAGGGAGGUUCUCUCACACUGCUGUUGUUACCGACUCUGACAUUGCUGUCUAUGGAGGGUGUGGGGAGGAUGAUCGUCCUCUCGAUGAGUUGUUGGUGUUGCAGCUUGGAACAGAACUGCCAAAUGAGUGUCACAAUGUUCCUAUGUGCAAAAUUUUUGGAAGCCAUUUAAACCAAGAGAGGAGAAGGUUCUCUAGGGGAGCUGAAUUUAACACGAAUGUGAAACCUAUGCUUAUGGGGAAUCCUGUAGUAGUAAGACAGACAUCCAAGAGAUCAGAAUCAGAAACAAAGCGAACCUCUUUAAAAUCAGAUACUCAGCAUCCAAAAAGGAGAAGAAGUACCACUUCGAAACCAUGGGAUGUUGAAUCAGAACAAGAAGAGCAUUCUCUAUCUCUGUCCCAGCAUUCAUCAUCAUCUCACUCAGACCAAGAACAGCAACAGACCCCAACUCCCAAACUUGAAGAUUCUGCCCCACCUUCUAAAGGUUUUCAUAUCUUUAAGCAAUUAAAUCAGAGUCCAAACAUAAAGAUCUUAGAAAUUCCAGCCAAAGAUCUCAGAAUUUCCACGCAAAGAACUCCAGAGGAACUUAGCCACUUGUUAGGAGCACAUCAAAUGAAAGCGAGACGAGAACAGUAUCUUCAUGGUAGACCAAGCAUGCACUUUCAAGCUGCAGGGCCUAUGCAGAACCCGAUUGGUGCUGAGGUCCAUGGCAAAGUUGAUGGAGCAUUUGACUCCGGUUUCCUAAUGACUGCAACUGUUAACGGAAAUAUAUAUAGAGGGGUCUUAUUUGCACCGGGAGCUGGGAUCGUCCCAAGAAUGUCAAUUCUUCCACAAAAUUCUUCAUCUUUAACAAGUCAAACUGGCAAUCUGGGACCUGGAGUCAUUGGAAGAGGGUCAAUUGUUCCACAAAGUCAAAUAGCCAAUGCUGUGACACAACCCUUUGCAAACUCAAAUCAUGCAGAGCCAUCCUCCUCAAAGCUAGCCGAGCAGCCAAUGACGAAUCCCCUACCAGGGUCUAGUCUAGGCCUCAGACAACCUCAGGUAGCUCGGCCAUUUUCAGGAGUUAAUGCUUCAUCUUUAGUCAGAGAACCUAAUCACCGAAAUGAUUUUCAAGGUCUGGUUCUAACACUUGGAGGAUCAGGAAGUGGCUCUGGUGGUUUGUAGAGAGGGUAGCUUCUGAUUGGUCAAAUUUGUUAGAUGUAAGUGCUACCAAUUUAUAGGCUUGUGGAGACCGGUAGAUAUAUAUUAGUUGGUCAUUAGUUAAUGUUCUGUAUGAAGUGAUGGUAAGCUGGUGUACUGUCUGCAGGCGAUGGAAAAUUAUGAGUUUUUAUCUGUUGUUUAUCAGGAUUUCUAAGCACAUAAGAUGAGCCGUUUGAGUAAGGCAAUGGUUACUAACUACUAACCAAGGUUUCA